AGUUUCUACUAGGGUUUUUUAUUUAUUUUUUAUUCCUCUCUGAAAAGCUUUUGCAAUGGCUUUUCCUUCUCUCAUUAGAUCCACCGCCGCCACCGCCGCCUCCGUUCGAUCUGACCUCUCUCUCUCAACCUCCGAUCGUCUCAAGGUUUCAAGCAUUGAAUUUGGCGGAAAUUUCAACUCCUUUUUUGGUGUUGCAGUUUCGAGUAGAUCUUCUUCCUUACAAAGCUGCAACUCAAGGAGUAUCCGACCCAUCAAAGCCACCGCUACUGAAAUUCCUCCUACAAUUCCGAAGUCACGGAGCAGUGGGAAAACAAAGAUUGGAAUCAAUGGUUUCGGUCGGAUUGGAAGGUUGGUUUUACGAAUAGCAAUUUCAAGGGAUGAUAUCGAUGUGGUUGCAGUCAAUGAUCCUUUUAUUAAUGCUCAGUACAUGGCUUAUAUGCUUAAAUAUGAUUCAACUCAUGGACCCUUCAAGGGGAGCAUCAACGUUGUGGAUGAGUCCACCUUGGAAAUCAAUGGCAAGCAAAUACAUAUUGUGAGCAAAAGGGACCCUGCAGAGAUCCCUUGGGGUGAUUAUGGGGCUGAAUUUGUUGUCGAGUCAUCUGGUGUUUUCACCACAUUAGCUAAGGCUUCGGCACAUAUAAAGGGUGGUGCCAAGAAAGUUGUAAUUUCAGCUCCUUCAGCGGAUGCGCCGAUGUUUGUGGUGGGAGUGAAUGAGAAGACCUACCAACCAAGCAUGGACACAGUUUCUAAUGCUAGUUGCACUACCAAUUGUCUAGCUCCACUUGCCAAGGUUGUCCAUGAGGAAUUUGGUAUCGUUGAGGGAUUAAUGACUACUGUCCAUGCAACUACAGCAACUCAAAAGACUGUUGAUGGCCCUUCAAUGAAGGAUUGGCGAGGAGGUCGAGGAGCUGGCCAAAAUAUCAUCCCUAGUUCAACUGGUGCAGCUAAGGCUGUUGGAAAAGUUCUUCCUGAACUUAAUGGAAAGCUUACUGGAAUGGCAUUCCGUGUCCCUACACCCAAUGUUUCUGUUGUGGAUUUAACUUGCCGACUUCAGAAGAGUGCCACCUAUGAAGAUGUCAAAGCAGCUGUAAAGCAUGCUGCCGAGGGGCCACUUAAAGGCAUUCUUGGAUAUACAGAUGAAGAUGUUGUCUCUAACGAUUUUGUUGGUGAUUCAAGAUCUAGCAUUUUUGAUUCCAAAGCCGGAAUAGGGUUAAGUAAGUCUUUCAUGAAGCUUGUUUCGUGGUAUGACAAUGAAUGGGGUUACAGCAACAGGGUACUUGACCUAAUUGAGCAUAUUGCACUGGUAGGAGCAAACCACAACUAAAAGUUUUAGAGGUAUGCUGUUACAAAUGAGUGACAUUGCGAUUUUAUUGUAGAAGUUUGUCCCAGAGCGUAGGCAUAAAUUCGAUAGUACCCUGAUGUGUUUUUCUUUUUUCGAUUUGGAUUGCAUAUCCGCUGAAGAGUCGGGCAUCCGAUAACGCAAUUCUAAAAAUAAUGAGAAUUUCACACUAAGAUUGCUUGUUUUAUGGCCAAAAAAUAGGAGGCAUUGUCUUUGUGAGAAAACGUUGUUGAGCAAUUUCUUAUAUCUAGAAAUCUAUGCAAAUCUGGUUUUAUCA